CAUAAUCUGACAGCGAUCAGCGGGUCAUUAACGACAGUAUAUGUUAUCAUGUUUAAAAUCAUAAAGGAAUUAUGGUUAGGCCACCAAAAUGGCUAGCAGCAUUGCACAUAUAUAAACCGUGAUAAGAUCUCGUGAAUAAAUGUUGAUUAAACCGUUUCUCUGCUGCAGCCCGACUGGCAGAAAGAAUCGUGCUAUUGCACGAAAGAUGCAUCCAAUUGAAAUGCAUUAGUUUAAAAAACGUGCUGCAAUUACGAAAAUAACGAAAUAAACGUGCCCUUGCCACGAAUAAAUAGUUCAUUUCACAUAAUCUGACAGCGAUCAGCGGGUCAUUAACGACAGUAUAUGUUAUCACACUUUUAAGCAGUCUUACAAUAUUAGAGUCUAAAGUUAUUAUUUAGAGUCUAUAUAUUUUUUUAAUUUAAACUAUUGUUACUGUAUGUGAAAAUGUAAAAGUAAUAUGUCAAGGACUUGAUAUUGAUUUAAUUUCAAUUUAAAAAAUCAAUAAAAAAAAGUAAAAAAGAACCAUACUUCGCAUCUUAUAGCAAAAAAGGUACAUUUGAUUUGUGUUUUUGUCACAGCAAUACAGUACGUUUUGUUACAGUAAGUUAAGCUCCGAAAUAUAUAUAUUUUUAAAUUCUAGGGAGUUUCAUCUGAUGUCUUGCCCUGUUGAAAUAAUAAACAUAAUUUUGAUUCAUUUAAUUAAAAUUUUUACAAUAUCCGGAUGACGUGUUGGAUGACGAAGCUAGCGCCAAUUACUUCCUCUCUGGAGUCGUUGAUUAAGGUAGGCUAAAAUUGUUACCUCAUGAACAAGUACCCUAUUCUAUUUAAUUCGAUAAAUUAUAUGCAUGCAAAAGUGUAGUCAAGUAUGUCAUAUUUUAACUCUUUGACAUUGCUUUGGUGUUUCCAUUUGUCUGAUAUACAACCCUUGUGCUAAUCACUGCAUGUCCUAGCAUGUCACAUGUUAGUGUACUAGUUCACAAACAUUUUUUCAACUCUUCCUUUACGCUUUUCGUGUAAUUUAAUAAUGUGAUAUUAACAUCUGGCAUGCAGUAGACACGAAAUUGUCACACUAUUCAUUUAUCAAUAUGACUAUGUUCUAUCUCUUAUCUGGGCAACACACGCACGCACGCACGCACGCACGCACGCACACACACACACACACACACACACACACACACACACACUGUUGUUGGCGUAUGUGGUUAACGGGGACAAUUCCAUAGACCCAAUGCAUUUUAUACUGUACAAACUGUAUAUUCUAUUCCCCUUAUCUACCCCUGUUCCUAAACCCAAGGAUCACAAAAACCUGUUGCCAGUCUUUAAUCUAUUAAAAAGAACCAUUACGUUUUAGCUGUUCAGUUUAUGGGGACACUGUGUCCCCAUAAACCAUGUUUAUAGCAUAGUAAACAUGUCAUUAUACACUAUUCAUGUCCCCAUAAACCACAUUUGCACACACACACACACACACACACACACACACACACACACACACACACACACACACACACACACACACACACAUAGUAUUAUUGUGUAAAUGGCAGUUAAAAAUCAGAGAAAUGUUUACCCUGAUCACAGUGUCAUCACAAGCAAAGUUCAAAACAAUUUGACCAUUGAAAUUAGGAAAGCACAUAGCAUCCCUUGCAUAAUGUGAUUUUAAAUCAUAUUGUGUGAUAUUAAUUCAGAAUGUUUCUAUGGGUAGGCUAUAUUACACAUAAAUAACUUUCUCUUUUUCUUCCUUUUUCUUAGACAACAUGGUUUCUAAUACAAAGAAAUGCCCCAACUGCCCCCAGGUCAUGCCCUGUGCCACUAAGGUUUGUAAGGCCUGUGGGGCAGAGCAGCCCAAGAAGGCUCGCCUGAUGAAGAGGCUGCAGGCCCUUGAUAAGAAGAAGGGGGAGUGGGUUAGCAAUCUUAAAAAAAACCACAAUGAGGCAGCCAUGCGGGAUGAAGCCAUCAUUUUGCUUGAGAAGCUUCAUGCAAUGGGCUACAAGCCACUACUCCUCCUUCAGAAGAAAGGCAAUGGAAAGAAGCCUAAAAUAGCUUCCCUCACCCCAAGAUGCGAGCUGGACCCGCUGGCAACACAACACCUCAGCAAAAUGGCAGCUUUUUAUGAGUUGGUUUGUGCAGGUUGGAAGGCGUGUGAGGACACUGUCCUCACCCUGACCCUCACCCCCUGUGACGAGCAGGGGACCUCAGGAGAGGCGAGGCCAGAAAUUCUUGUGGAAGAGGCAGAGCCGGAAGGCCUCAUGGAGGAGGCGGAGCUGGAAGGCCCCGCUGUGGAGUUGACAGGCCUUGUGGCGAAGGCGGAGCUGGAAGGUCCUGGUGUACAGGCAGAAGGCCUCGUGGAGAAGGCGGGGCUGGAAGGCCACGUGGAGAAGGCGGGGCUGAAAGGCCUCAUGAAGGAGGUGGAGGUGAAAAGCCCCGGAAUAGAGGAUGAAGGCCUUAUGGAGGAGGUGGGGCUGGAAGGGUCCACUAUGAAGAAUAAAGACCUUGUGGAGGAGGCGGAGCUGGAAGGCCCCGCUGUGGAGACGGCAUGCCUUUUGGAGAAGGUGGCGCUAAAAAUCCCUGCUGUGGAGGCUGAAGCCCUUGUGGAGGAGGCGGGUGAAGAAGAUCUACCUAAAAAAGGGUCAACAGGGAAGAGAAAGCAGAAGUCAGAGGCAGAAAUGGAUAAAAGCAAAAAAAAAAAAAAAAAUUGCGCCUACCACACAGGCCUAGAUGUUUUCCCAAUUAGGAGUGCUCUAAAAGAAAGAGUGAGAAAGGGACAAAGAGAAUUGCUGAUCGACUGGGAGCCUUGUGCAGCAUGUGGGAAACAAUGGACUCCUACUUGGGAGCCCAAGGAGUCAUUUGUUUAAAAUAAUACAUUUUGUAAUAUGUUGUUUUAUUUUUUGUAUUGUAUAUUGCAUAUUCAAUAAAUUUUUUUUAUAGUAAUUUUGUGAUAUUUCUAUACAACGUAAAGUGUUGUUUACAAGCCCCGUGUUGAAGAUGGUAGAUGUUCAACAUUUCUUGCCAUUUCAGAACUGGAUAAUUCAAGAAUGCCUAACUCAGUACAAAAACAUGUUCUUCUUUUGAUAUGUGGUUUAUCAAGAGGUUAGUAAAUUAUUCAACCAAACACAAUGCGUGCACAAAUGGAAGCAGGACUCUGUACAUGCUGUAAGUCAGAUGCAAUUUAUUGUACAUUUAAAAAAACAAUUCCUCACGAAUGACAGUGUUAAUAAUUUAAAAUGAAUGUGCAGUAUCCAUAAUGGUCAUCACAAACACAUGUUUCCAUAUGUAAUAUGCAUGGCAGUUUACAACCUGCCAGUUUCCAAUAUUCAUACAAUAGAAGGUGAUUAUUUACAAUAUUUGUUAUUUUUGGGAGAUUGUGUGUGGGGGGGGGGGGGGUUGAUUUAGCAGAAACCUUAUAUUCUUAGUAGUUUAAAUGACCUUACAUUUGUCCCCUUUACUGAUGUUUUACCAGUCACUGCUCCUGACAGGCUGAUGUGGUCCCAGUCCUUUAUUUGGCUGCAGUUCCAUGAGUGGUCCCUGGUAAGGUAGAUAAAAGGAAGCUGAAGAAGCCGGUGUUUGUCUUGCCCCACUUCCCUGUAGUAUUCCCACUCCACUGUUUGGUCAUUGAUCCUUGGCUCUCCUGUUAUAUUGUGGUGGUGAGAGUGUAGAACGACCCAAAAAGAAGACCCAAGACGAUUAGAAUGUUCCAGUGGACACUGGUGGUGGUGCUGCUACUGCUUUGACCUCAUGUCGCUUUUACCACAUGGCUGUCCAAUCAAACAGCCUGUUAAGCCUUAACACAACCCCAUUCCACAGACACACACACACACACACACACACUCAUUUUUUCAACCUCUCAUCUGCUUGUCUCAUCCCUGUAGUUUCCAUUAAAUUUAUAUUAAAUCAAUUUUUUUUUCAAUAAUUGUGAUACUUUUGUCAUUUUCAUAUAGAUGACCACAUUCAACAAUUUACAAAUUAAUUAAAAGAAGCAAACAAUGUCUGUAAAUGAAAUAAGUAUGCAUUAUAUUAAUAAACAUGGAAUAGUUUUUACAUUUAGUACAUUGACAAAGUGUUUUAUUGUUCAAGGUAGUUGUGCAGUUUGUGAUCUGAGUUGAUUUAAUAGGUGUUGUUUUUUACAGUCAAAUAGAGUAUGUCCAGUACUCCGGGUGUGCUUCCAAUGUGUGUGAAGUGGACACGUUUACUCUAACUGAAUGUUUAUGUAUUGAUAAUCCAUUGCAUAAGUAACAAUAAAAAUGAUUUCCUUCUUA